AUGUCCACCGAUGAGGUGGGUUGGCUUUUUGUCCAGCAAUACUAUACUAUCCUGUACAAAGACCCGGCCAGUCUAUAUAAAUUUUACAGAUCAGACUCGCAAGCUAUUCAUGGCGCUGGGGGCGAGUCUGUGAAGCCCAUUCUAGGCCAGCAGGGCAUGCGCGAGUUUGUGGACCAGGCUGCGCUUAGGAACUGCAAAGUGCGGGUGACCAGCGUUGAUUCGGUGCUUGGCAUUGAGUCUAGUAUUGUCUUGCAGGUUCUUGGCGAAAUCUCGAAUGACAACGAGCCUCAUAGCAAGUUUGCUCAGACGUUUGUACUGGCCAACGCAGACAAAGGGUACUAUGUGGCCAGCGAUAUCCUAAAAGUCAUUCCGGCCGAUACCGAGGAGACGCCUGGGGUGACAGAGAGUACAGCAGUGAAGGAGGUCAAAGAGAGUAAAGAGACCAAGGAGGCUCAAGAGAGCCAAGAGAUUGAGGAGGCUAUGGCUGAGGAGGUUAAGGAGGCUCAAGAAGCUAAAGAGGCCAAGGAAACUAAAGCCAAAGAAGCUAAGGAAGCUAAAGCCGCCAACGAAUCUAAAGCAGUCAAAGAACCCAAAGCCGCCAAAGAGCCUAAAGCCGCCAAAGAGACCAAGGAAUCUAAAGAGAGCACUGCCGAGACCAAGUCCAAGCCCACCCCCCAAACCUCACCGAAGCCUCGCGAGAAUUCCACGACUGAACACAAAAUAUCCCGAGACCGCUCUUGGGCAGCUGCUGCACGUACCUUUGUUCCACUCGGUGUGGCUACUCCUCAACCUCAAUAUAUCCCUAUGCCGAUGAUGCCUGUUCCGAUGCCCAUGGGUGAUCUCCGGCAAAUGCACAUGAUGAGCCCCAACCUACCCGUCCAGUACGACUUCUCAAGCCCCUCUGAACAAAUGAACCGAUACGGACCUGGGCAAUACAAAGAGCAUUCGCAUUAA